UCAUGUGCUCUUGCACCUAUUUGUGGGCCUGCUAUAAAUAGGGCCCUGCUGGCAACACAUGCGUGUCUAUGAUAGGCAGUUACACAGAUUUUCUUCACAGACUCAGGCUCCAAAGCAACACUGACAACAACUCAAUGGGUCUUUUACAUGGAUAACACAAUUCAACUCUGAACUGGGACAGUGAACUUUGACAAGCUGUGGACACUGAGUAGUUUUGUACUGUGUUUAUCUCGGAUCUUACAUUUUUUGUGAAUUACUUCAGUGGACAAUGACUUCCAGGAGGCCAAUGACUCGCUCUUUUUCUGGCAAUGGGAGGACAAGCAGCUUCAGUGAAGAGGAGUCCAAUGGCCGUUCAGAGAGCCGCAAUUCUUACCUCUCGAAUGUUAGGCCUGAGAACAGGAGCACAUUGUGCAGUGUCAUGGCUCAGCUGACCGAGGACAUACAGCCGUCCUUUGACACCACCUUGAAAUCAAAGGCAGUGUCAGAAAACUGUAAUGUGAAGUUCACAUGUGUAGUAUCAGGCUACCCAGCUCCGGAACUGAAAUGGUAUAAAGAUGAUAUGGAAAUGGACCGCUACUGUGGACUUCCAAAGUAUGAAAUUCGCCGUAAUGGAAAAACCCACACCCUCCAUAUUUACAACUGCACAUUAGAUGAUGCAGCCAUCUAUCAGGUCUCAGCCAGCAAUAGUAAAGGAAUUGUAUCCUGCUCGGGGGUUUUGGAGGUUGGCACCAUGAAUGAGUACAAGAUUCACCAGAGGUUCUUUGCCAAACUGAAGCAGAAAGCAGAGAAGAAGAAGAAAGACAUGGAGGACCACACCAAGAAGGUGGAUAAAGAAAACAUUCAGAGAGAGAAACCACGGGUUAGCCCUGAGCGUCCUCCAAGGAAGCGACCCGUUCCACAACCACAGCAGAUCCCAGCAGUGAAGGAGCCUGAGGCUGUUGAGCAGCUUGGGGCUGCUGCAGAACCCAAUGGAGUUAGCUCUGAAGUCAAGGAAACAGCCCCUGUGACAUCCAUAGAAAGUGGCCUGGAGAAGGAGAUACCUCCAUCUGAGGAAACCUUGGCCAAAAAGAAAAUAAAGAUCACUAAUGGUGUAGACACUGGAGGUAACAGCAGCAGCAAUAGCAGCAGCAGAAGCCAUAUGAUGGGGAAUGGAGGUGAAAACUGUUAUGAUGGAGGAAUCAGUUUGGCACAGUUUUUGGCAGAGACUCUCCAGUCCCAAACUAAUGAUGAGAAACAGAACUCACCUCUAGUGGAGAAACCUAGGGAGAUGGAUAAACCUAUUGUAAACACCAGUAAAGAGCAAGAGAAGAAGCAAAAAGAGAGGGAGGAACAAGAAAAAACACCAGAGGAAGAGCUUGAGAGAGAGAAAAAGAGAGAACAAGAAUUGGCCAUAAAGAGGGAGAAAGAACAAGAAAGGCUGUCAGAGAUGUUGCACAUGGUAGACCACCCAAAACAUGGUUCUGAAGUGAAACAUCAUAGCAAGGCUCAUAAGGAUCACGACCAGCACAACAUCCAGACUUCAAUCUCCUCUAUGCUCCACACUGUCAAAGACUUCUUCUUUGGUAAGGGUAAGAAGGACUCUCAUGAUCACAUUGAGAACAAGGGGAGAGAGUUUGACCACCUGUCCCCCUCAACGCAGCCUUACCCUUCUCAACCAGACACGCCACCCUCAUUUCGGCUGCAGAUGGAGCAUCAUCCAGAGGUGGAUAAAUCUCUCACAGAGGAAGUUGUUCCCAUGGAAACUGAUAAACCAAAGGGGCAUUCAGAAACUGUGGAUAUAGAACAACAGUCAGUGUCACCGGAGCUGUUGACGCCAGACACACACAAGCACGAAGAUAGUGUCCUACACACAGACCUAGCACCCGCUAAUAGUUUGCCCCCUGAGAGCGUAGAGGAGUCAACAGGCCAGAGUGUCAAGGAGGCCGAUGAUGCUGUGGAGGCCAUGAAGGUGUCUGUGGGGGCAGAGAGCAGCGGUCCACAUGAAGAGAUGUCAUUGUCUGGGCUCCAAGUUCUCACUGAGGGUAAAGAGAAAGAUUCUCAGCUUCCCCUAGACCAUCAAGAUCCAGAUUGCGUGGUAGUUUCACCGCAGCCUACUCAACAGUCUGCACGAGAUGAGUCUUCACCCAGGGAAGAUAUAUCUGUCUUUCCACAGACCCAAGUCCCCAUUGAAGAGGAAUACCCCCCGACAUCCACCCUCGCUAGCUUGAAAGAUAAUCAGGCUUCCACCUACAGUGUUAUCUCGGUGACUGACAGCCACAACCAUGGUGAGACACCCACUGAGGCUGUGCAAGAAGAGGAGAUCAGUGUUGAUAGCACGGGCAAAGAAGCUGAAGCGAACACAGAGGAGGGCUGUUCCACUAAGUUAUGUGAGGAAGAGAAAACUGAAGUGAAAUCAAACACACAGCCGUCCUCAGAUAUAAACAGUUCUGAGAUUACUGAAUUACCAACACCUUCGCUGGAAGUGAGAAUAGAGACGAGGGAAUCUAAAACAUCAGACCAGGUACUUUCACCUCUGUCUACUAUGGAGGCGCAUACUUCAGAGGGAGGUAAUUUUAAAGAAGAGGUCGAAUGCGCUUCAGUUAUUCAGGAAAUGAAUGUAGGAUUUCCGCCCACUGCAGCCCCAGAGAGUUUAGAGAUGGGUGACCUAAAAAUACAGCAAAUAAGCACUCCUUCUGUUGCAGAGGAAAGUAAAGAACUCCACAAUCACAGUGCAGAGCAGAGUUUAAACUCAGGUUUCACAAACAGUGAGGAGAAAAGCGACUUGAAAGAGGUAUUGUUUUCUGAUUUAGAGAAAGAUCUAGAAGUUAACUCGUGUAACAAUUUGAAAGUACAAGAGCAGGAGAUUUUAGAAUGCAAACGCACAGAAGCAAGGAAUGAGAGUUCAGAGUUUGAAAUGGAGACAGACAAGGAAACUCAGGUGAAAGUAGAGGAAAAUCAGGUGAAAGUAGAGGAAACUCAGGUGAAAGUAGAAGACACUCAGAUGAAAUAUGAGGAAAAUCAAGUGAAAUUAGAGGAAACUCAGGUGAAAGUAGAGGAAGAUCAGGUGAAAUUAGAGGAAAAUCAGGUGAAAGUAGAGGAAAAUCAGGUUAAAGUAGAGGAAACUCAGGUGAAAUUAGAGGAAAAUCAGGUGAAAGUAGAGGAAACUCAGGUGAAAGUAAAGGGAAAUCAGGUGAAAUUAGAGGAAAAUCAGGUUAAAGUAGAGGAAAAUCAGGUUAAAGUAGAGGUAAUUCAGGUGAAAGUAGAGGAAAAUCAAGUUAAAGUAGAGGAGUUGGAUGAAUCAAAGACCAUUUCAGUAACACAAAAUAAGGAAGGUAAUGCUAAUGUUUUGGAGGAACCCUGUAAUGUUGCACGUCAAGAUGGCAAUGAGAAACAGCUGGAUUGGGCCUCAGACAAUGUUCCACAAAUCCAAAUAUCUUCAUGUACUGAAGAUAUUAAACCAGCUGUGCCAGAUUUAAGCCCAAAUGAACAUUUUAUAAUCCCAAAAAUUGAAAUAAUGGAGCCUGAACUCAAAGAGUGCACUCUGCCAUUAAGUAUUUUGGCACUCAACAAGACAGAAACAGAGCCUGCUUUGUUGCAAAACCAUGAUGCAAUAAUCCAAGAACAGAGUGUGUCUGAUUCCUCAGAUUUGUUGCCCACGCAGAAAGGUAUGCAGAAUGAUUAUAACCCCUCAACUACCGAGAAAGUAAAGGAAGUUGUGCAAUUUCAUGAUGAGACAGAAAAGCCGGAGUGGGAGCAGACACAAAUAAAAAGCAGUGAACAGCUCCCUCAGUUGGACUAUGCAAAAAUUCCUGUUAUAAAUGUUUCAUGUAGUGAGGACAAGGAGAAUGGUGCAUUUGUAAACACCCAUGUUUCAGACACACCGAAGCCUGUUGAAACUCCAAAGGCGCCUUCGUUCUUGGUGCCACCGAUCUCUGUCACUUGCCAUGAAAGUGAUCUCAUAGUGGCCUCUCAGUGUGAGUCAACAGAAACAGAAACUUCAGCUACCAUGCAAAGGGGAACAAAGCAUGAUGUUGACAAUAAUGCAGCCACUAAGCCUGAAAAGACUCAGAACCAAGAAGAAAUGGCAGAAAAAAAUGUAACAGGAAACACUCCCUCUGUGCUAUUUGAAGCUCCAGUGCCAAAGGUUGGUGACAGUGUACCAUCAUUGAGCAAAACAACCCAAGACAACUUUGUCCCUGAAAUAUUGAAAACAAAAACCCUAAAAGAGGCCAAGAUAGAGAACUCUGUCACUGUUGAGGACCUCCUAAGAAAUAGAUCCUCUGUUGAGAGACUGACCUUCAAACCCCCGGCACAUCCAUCACUGAGUCCAGCCAGUCUCCGUAAAUUUAUGUCCAAGGCUGCUCCAGAUUCAGACAACGAGGCCGUGACAUCUGUCCCCGUAAUCACUGUGGGUGACCGCCAGAAUGACAAGGCAGACGAAGAUCUAAGCGGGGGAUCGACACCAACAUCAUCCCUCUCCUGUGAAAGCAGUCCCCGGCUCAAACGUAAGGACAGUCUAUCACUCAUACGCUCUGCCACGCCAGAGGAGUUGGCCUCCGGGGCUCGCCGCAAGAUUUUCAUCCCAAAAACUAAAGAAGAUGGAGAAGGCACUGUCGGUGCGCUAGACACUCAAAGCAAGAAGGAGACCCCCUACAUGUCACCCAGCCAAGCUCGCAGAGCAGCAUUACUACAAGCUCCCAUGGGACAAAACACCCCACCAAUGGAGAGGCGCUCUCCGCUGCUAAGCCGCAGAAAGACCACACUGGAGGUGCCAAAAGUUGUGGAGGAGACUCCAUCAGAAGAGCCAGUCAGCACCAAGCGAGAAGAGAAACCUGCUGAAAAGAAGUUGGACCCAUUGAAAGCACCCCAGGUCAUCCGUAAGAUCAGGGGAGAGCCUUUCCCAGAUGCCUCGGGACACCUGAAGCUCUGGUGCCAGUUUUUCAACGUGCUCAGUGACUCUACCAUUAAGUGGUACAGAGAUGAAGAGGAAAUACUAGAGGUGAAGAGAAGUGGGGGAGAUGAAAGCCAGGUAGCGUUGGCUAUUGUGCUGGCAUCCAGCCCAGACUGUGGAGUGUAUGGCUGUACGAUCAAGAAUGAAUAUGGGACUGACACCACUGACUACCUCCUCAGUGUAGACAUUCUGUCUGAGAUACUACUGAAAGAUGAUUUGGAAGUUGGAGAGGAGAUAGAGAUGACCCCACUGCUGUUCAGCAAAGGUAUUGCCGAUUGUGGCAACUGGGGUAACAAAUACUUUGGCCGCAUCAUGACCGAGACGGUGCACAUCGGGGAAGGUGCUGCCCACAAAGCCAGCAGAGUGAAGGUAAUUUACGGCCUGGAUCCUGUCUUUGAGUCUGGAAGCACCUGUAUCAUCAAAGUUCAAAACCCCAUCGCCUAUGGGACCAAACAGGAGAGCAACCUUACAGAGAGAAAUCUAGAGAUUACAAGACAAGAGUGCAAAAUCCAAAACAUGAUCCGAGAAUACUGUAAAAUCUUUGCAGCUGAAGCAAGAGUUGCUGAGAACUUUGGCCACUCACUAGAAGUGAAUCCUCAGUAUCUGAUGUACCGGCCUGCAAACUCUGUGCCAUAUGCCACAGUGGAGGCUGAUCUGAAGGGUGUCUUCCUCAAGUAUUGUAUGAUGGAUCCUAAAGGCAGACUGAUUACACGAACUAUCUCUGAGGUGGAGCAGAAAUGCUGCACAUUCCAGCACUGGAUCCAUCAGUGGACGCAUGGCAAUUUACUGGUCACUCGGAUGGAGGGUGUUGAAAUGAAGAUUACUAAUGUCAAAGUUGUGACCAAGUCAAAAGGAUACCAAGGACUAACAGAUUGUGGCUCUCCUGAAGUAUUCGAACAGUUCCUGACACAACAUAAGUGCAACUACUACUGUGGACUUCUUGGCCUGCGCCCACUGAAGACUAUGGAUAGUCUGCAGCAGCCCACCAAGAUGAAGGGCUCCAGGAGUCCCCUGCUCAACCGCAAGUUGGGUGCAGGCUCUGGCAGCCCACAGCUACAGCGGAAAGGACACAGCCCUCAACUGUCUAGAAAGGCAACUUCUAGCCCAAAGGUGACUAGAAAAGUCCAGGAGACAGAGGACAAUAAAUCAGGUGCCAAACCCAAGCCUGCAGAAACUCUUGAUGUUCUUGAAACAAGGUAGGAAAAAAAGGUCUCUUUUGUGUCAUGUAAGAUGUUAUUGCUGUUAAUGGUUUAGCAUUACCUGUUUCUUUCCAGUUACCAAAGCCAGCAAGGACUUGAAGAGUAAGAUUAUAAGAAAAUAAAUAGUUUGUUGACCUGAUUUGUCUUGUAAAAUUACUGUGAAUUUCUCUGUAGCCAUUACAACUAUGAGACAUCCCUCUCCCAGCUUGUGCUGUGUCUCCCAGCGCAGGGUUUUUGACCUCAUAGCUCAGAGACACCACACAGCAAAAUCAGAGAGAGACUUUAGAGUUGACUAUUGACUAUUAAAUAGUUUGAAACACUUGCCUCAGUCUUAUCAGCUCUAUGAGUGGACAAACAGCUCUUCAAGCAAUAUUUGUCAACACAAAAUAAUCAUGAGGGAAAUAUCAACCGCACUUCACAGUGUAAAAUUUGCAGUAGCUCUUUUCUUUUAUUGAAGAGAUGUCAACAUUUGUUUUUGUUGUUGUGUUUUGGUUUAAAGAAUUGUGAAGGACAAAAUCUACAUGACCACAGCCACAGAAGUGAUUGAGAUCAUGUAUUAUCAUGUCAUGUCAUAUUAGACAUUGCAUAUUCAUCUGUGAUGUACAUUAUGUGUGUAGGACAUAAAGUUUAUUUUGGAGAUGUUAUGGUUAGCAUUAGAACUGCCUAUGCAGCAUUUCUUUAUGUCUCAACAUUACAGAGCAAACGUGAGCUCAUGCUGUGAAAGUACACCAUUUUUAGGUCAAAGAUGUUUGUGUGCACUUUUUUUGGCAUUAGUUUGUAGAAGAUUUAAAUGAUUUUUAUCUGUUAAUUAUAGAGUCUGUAUACCUGCUUUAACAGUCCUAUUAUUUCAGAAUAUAUGCUGGUGAAUACAACAGACAAAGGAAUAGUAGUAAGGGGCUUAAAAAUAAACUCUUUAACUAUGGUAUGGCUAUGCUCAUUGACAUUCAAACACACAAGUAUGUUUCCAGCAAGGAAAGCUGCUGAAUGAGUUUCACACAGUAAUUUGGACCUGACCUAUGGACUGUAGGAUAAAAGCCCACUAAGCAAAAUAACCAACUCAGGAUUUUCAGAAGCUUCUUGAUCUUAACAUGAAAUCUGUAAAGUUUUACUACAACUGACAAUCAGCCCUAGCUGACCAACAAUUUAUCUGCAGUAACCAGACCAAUCCUUAGCAUUGCCUUUUUUAUAAGUUGCAAACUCCAGCAUGGACUUAAACAUCGGGGGUAGAAUAAAAAUGAAAACGAAACAGUUAUCUCAUGAUGUUGCACAGGGAUUUAACUUUAGUUAAAUUCCAACAGGAGUCAUUUUCUUUUUACAAAUACAGAACUGACAAAAGAGCUUUAGGAAUUUCUAUAAUGGAUUCUUGGUUAAUGAUCAAUGAGAGUCUACAAAUGAGUCCAAAUAGCCACUGCUCAGCUGUUGUUACUUACAAAUUCACUUUGACUGCAUGAGGAUUUGUUUAUGAAAAAAAAAAGCAUAUUUGAAAUGGAGAUGGGAUAUUUGUAAUAGCAAAAUAAGUAAAUGUAUGCUGACCAGAAGAUGAUGUUGAAAACACUGUAAUUUUAUGGUGUGGUGUCAUGCAAACAAAUCACUGUAUUGUGUACGUGUACAUAAAGUCAAAGGACUAAAUGUAAGUGGUGUGAAAAAAAAGUAGUAAACAUGUGAGUGAGUGAGUGAAUGAGUGAGUGAGUGAGUGAGUGAGUGACAAAGAAGGAUAAAUGUGUGUGUUUACAAUGUGUACUGUCUUUGGCUUGUUACACCAUGUCAGCUGAUGUUUUUUUAA